AUGCGUUUAACGAACAAACUGUAUGCGCAGCAUAUUGGAUGGCACUUCAAAAAGCAUUGGCAAGUGCAAGGCAGGCGAGUGCCUAAGGAAACAGGUGCUGCUGCCGAGCUUUUAAAAAUGGGACUUCAAGUAAAAUCGACUGAUGAAGUACUGAAUCCGAAAAGCGGGCCGCAACUCAUAGAUAUUGUUGGUGCAACCAUAAAGCCAAUACCUGAAGAUGAGUCCCAUCCAAAUUGGCAUAAAGCUGCUGGUCAUAUAUUUGGAGAUAACAAUGUUCUGCUUGGAGGAUUGCCUCAAUCCCAAGUAUUGACCAACACGAUUGAAAUCAAUAGCUUUCCGCGUCAAAUCGAGGAUGCAAUCGCGAACGGUCAGUUUCCAAAGACCAUCGAUCGAUGUGUUCAAAAUGCCAUAUUUUCUUCCCAAUUGCUUGAUGCCCAGCAAGUGAAAUUGCCAAAGGUUAAGUUGGUCGAUCGACCAGCAUAUAAUUUACCUCGCCUAUAUGGAAUAUCGCACGAAAGACGCAAUCGCCUUUUGGUAAACAAACUUAUGUUUGAGAUCGAGAAAUUGGCAGGACGUUCUGUGGCUGUGCGCCGAAAGCUAAUUGAUAACGUCACAUUUCAUACGUUUUUGACUAAAGACAAUGACACUCUCAUAUUUAAUGUCACUGGAGAUAAAUUAAUUAGCUCGACACGUGCUCUAGAUGCUAUUAAGGGUAAAUUUAAUGGAGAUCUGCCUGAUCUCUAUCCGAUGAAAAGCACAGUCUCAAUGCCGAAGCAACACAUUUACAUGGAAAACAAUUUCUAUCCCAUUCGAAAAGAAAUAGCCUGUUCACAUCCGCACACAAUUUUCACAUUCUUCAAUAAAAGCGUUGUGGGAAAUGUCCACGGCUCCGAAGUUUCAAAGACGCAAUUUUACGGACGUUCUUUGCUGAAGGCUUUUGUUGUAGCUGUAGCUCGCGCCAAACAGUUGGGUGACGUCCCUACCAAUGGGGUUCUUCAAAAACCGAUUGUUGUACAGUGUAUACAAACGAACGGACAGGAAUUUCAUUUCGGAGUGCUCCAACUGAACACACUUAAUCUGAGCGCUGACAGUAUCACUAAAAAUUAUUGGUUCCAUCGGCCGAGUGUAGAGUUGUUUACAGAAUGUUGCUAUCAAACUGGAAGGCCUCACAUUGAUGGAUAUAACAGUGAAGUCUUUCGUACUUUAAACGCGUUUUAUCACAAUUCUUAAUGUUGUAGCUUGAAAAUAAAGUGAAUUAUGUUAUAAAAACUA